AUGCGUCCAUUUCAUACCCUCUUUGCGUUCCAGAUGGCAGUCUCCGGGGCGACUGCCUUGUCAAGCACAACAAUCCCACUUGUAUCCACUGAAUUUGGAACAGUAUUCGAUGCCCCCGUGAAGAUAGGGAACCAAACAUUCCAACUCUUGGUCGACACCGGCAGCAGUGACACCUAUGUCAUGAAAUCCGGCUAUACCUGCAUCAAUGCAACGGACAACCUCGAAACCCCCCAGGAAGACUGCCUAUAUUCAAACAAAACAUACCACAUAUCCAGCACAUACAAGCGCAUCCCGAACCAUAUCUUCGGAAUUCAAUAUGGAGCCGGUCUUGCAAGCGGCAUCAUGGCAAUCGAAGACGUCUCAAUAGGCGAUGUCACCACCAGAGGCCAGAAAAUCGCCAUCGCAGAUCACUCCAACCCUAUGGGCGAUAAAGUCAACAGCGGACUUCUCGGUCUGGCGUAUCCAUCCAUCACCUCCGCACACCCAGCGAACAAGACAGACAAUACGACAUAUUGGUUCAAUCGUCUGCCAUACGAUCCAUUGGUCAAUACCAUGCACCAGCAAGGACUGAUCGAACCAUACUUCAGCCUCGCACUUUCACGAGGCCCCCAAAACAAAUCUACGGCUUUCGGAGGAUACCUGACGCUUGGCGGCCUUCCACCUGUCAACCACAAUCCCGAGUUCGCAGUUGUUCCAGCUGAGAUAACAGAGACUCUCCCUCUGAAUUAUACGUCCGGCAAACGAGUACGUUCUUACUGGACUACUACAAUCCGCGAAGUCAGCUUCGGCCUCUCUCUCAACAAUUUGACAACAAACUCGACUUCGUUCCAGGCAUUCAUUGACUCUGGUAAUUACCUUACCUACCUGCCAUCUGCUGUUGUCGAUCCUAUCAACGCCCUAAUCGAUCCCUCUGCUAUGUAUAAUCCGGAAUAUGAGGCAUAUAUAGUUGAUUGUGCCGCCAAAACUCCUGAAUUUGGAUUGAAGAUCGGUAACCAGACUUUCUUUCAUAAUGGAUCGGAUUUAAUAUUCCAGACUUCUGCUGGGGUUUGUAUGUCUAGUCUUGUUUCUUCGGAGAGUGUCUCUAUUGGUGAUGUUACUCUGAAUAUCCUUGGUGUGUCCUUUUUAAAGAAUGUUGUUGCGGUUUUCGAUUUCGGGAGAAAUGAGAUGAGGUUUGCGAAGCGUUUAGACGGGAAUGGGAAUUCCACAGAGAGUAGUGGUAUUGGAAGGGAUUCUUCUUCUUUCUCGGCUGUGCUAGAAUAA